GCGCUGGGUGGCUGUGGGUUGUGCGUCUGAGCGAAGCGCGUGGGGAUCCAAAUCUGCUCAAGCCAGCAGCACCUGCCACCAUGUCGGCCUUCACUCUGGCUGACUACGUGGUAUGCGGCAUGAUGUUGUCCAUCUCUGCUAUGAUAGGCGUCUACUUCGCGUGCACAGGCGGCCGACAGAGAAGUCAGGCGGAGUACCUGCUGGCGGACCGCAGCAUGGGCUCGCUACCGGUUGCUUUUUCGCUGCUGGCCAGCUUCAUGUCGGCCAUCACGCUGCUGGGUGUCAGCGCCGAGAACUACCGGUUCGGGACGCAGUUCGUGCUCAUCAACGUCUCGUACGCCAUCGCUACGCCAAUCGCUGCCUACUGCUACCUCCCAGUCUUCUACCGGCUCUCGGAGUACUCCGUGUACCAG